CCCUGACUUGUUGGACAAACCAUUCAUGUUGUCAGAAAACGAUGUGACCGACCCACAGCACACCUGUACACUGACUGUUCUGUGUCAUCCACGCGUUGGCUCCGUGUGGUACCCGUCUGUUGAAUAGAGCUGAUGGCCCGAUGCAAUCAAUGGCCAUCAGUCCAAUCCGACGGACGAACACGACCAAGAAACCAAGGAACGGUUCCACAGACGAAGCACAUCUUGAUCGAGGCCGUGAAAAAAUGGCGACACGCCGACCGAAAGUCAACCAACAGCAAAUCAGACCGACACACCCUGCAGCUGCCCUUCACGCACUUCAUUAAUGGGAUGAAUGCAUGGCUAUCUACAAUGCAUCAGAGCCACGAUAAACCACCCACUAGCCUCCGCCCCAGCUCACUUCGUCUCGUCUCGACUCGACUCGCAUCACUCGUUCUCAGAAGGUCAGUCAGUAGAUGAAGGGGAAGAACUUGUUGGUCUCCUGCGCGUACUGCUCAUAGUCCUGGAACGUGUCCACCAGCUGCCGCUCCUCGUAGUUGGCUUUGUUCUCCAAGAUCCAGAACAGCAGGCCACACAGCACCAGCCGCUCGAUUGACUUGGUCGCAAGAGCCAAGCCAAAGGACGCUAUCAGCAGCCCUGAGUACAUUGGGUGCCUCACGUACUUGUAGAUGCCUGAUAUGAUUGGGGCAAGGGCGAGAGGGAUGGCGAAAGCAGACAGACAUUGUAUGUUGCAGUUUCUGAUUCUUCUUGGUGUGUGUGUUGGGUACCCUCUUUCUUGAGUGUGGCUCCCUGGAUGGGUUGCGGCCAUGGUGAGAUGUCCUCGCCCAUCUCAAGCACACCAGUCAAGAUGAACAGCAAGCCUGCGCAUACACACACACACAGAUGUAAACACACACCAAAACGUGACAUUGUAACCCCAUCCAUGUGUGUGCAUUGUGGCACUCGGCCUAUUAUGUACCGACCGAGUGAUAUGAACGAGGGCCCAAGGCCGUAUUCCAUGAAGUCGCCGACAACCGGCACUUUGCCAAUGAUGACAGCCAGGACGCCAAACACCUGGAGAAACGCCCACGCCUCGCCCUCACCGAAUGACGUCUUGUUCCACACAUUGGCCUGGACGAAUAUCAAACCACACCAAGACACACAGGCAGAGCAGGACACACGCUCGCUUGUUGCUCCAUCCAUCCAUCCAUUCGGUGGUCGCCUCACCCUCAGCUUCUCUCGCAGUCCAUCGGCCUCGAGCUUGUCGGGCAGCUCCUUCAGCUUCUCAGCAUAUCGGCCGAACAAAUCAGCCACCUGACGAUGCACAGGCAUAGACAGCAGAGGGAGCCCAGCCCGUUCACGCGUCUCUCAGUCCAUGUCAGGUGACGCGUCAGUGCCUAUAGCGAACCUCGGCCACUGGGCUCCUCCCCUCCUCGGUCCUUGUCUGCCUCUCCUGGACGGCUCGUGUGAAUGAGGUGUCCCUCUCUCUGUCACUGUCGAAACUCUCCCACGCUGAUGGCGUCCUCGAAGCCCUGACAACACAGAACACGCCGAUGAACGCCCAAGUGAACCACUCAUGGGCUGCGUAGAUGAGGUGAUCCUGGCGCACCUUAGAGCAGUACUGGACCUCUGAGGAUCGUGUCUCCUCAGAAUGCUUUCCUUGUCUUUCCUUGUCUUCUCCUCUCUCCACCCGUUACACAGCAAUCUACCCUAGCUCACAAGCUCGCAGUGGUUCGUCUUCCCAAGCUGGCAAUCCUGACAGAUACGCCACCCACUGCCCUCUUUCCAGCUUAGCUCGCAGUCUUCUCCCCUUCUGAGCUCGCAUUGUGCUGGGCAUUGCAGAUCUUCUUCGAGAUGUCGUUUGCCGACCACUGGGUGUCGUUUGAGUCGAGCUGCAAGGCCAAUCUGCAGGUGCUGCUUCUGGCUGUCGUCGGUUUCCUCUGCGGAUACUACCCCACCGAAGAACGUACGUGAGAGAGAUGCACUCAUGGGACGCACACCACACCACAC